AUAGGCGGACUGAUCAUAGACUCCGCCGGCUGGAGAGGACGCCUGGUGCGGAGGGGCGCCUUUCCCCCUCGCCUCCCAAGAUGGCGCAGCAGGUGAACAUCACGGAGCUUUCGCUGCCGCAGUUGGAGGUGCUGAAGAACCAGCUGGACCAGGAAGUGGAGUUCCUUUCUUCAUCCAUUGCACAACUUAAGGUAGUGCAGACAAAAUAUGUGGAAGCCAAGGACUGUCUGACAGUUUUGAAUAAAACCAAUGAAGGUAAAGAACUACUGGUCCCACUUUCCAGCUCUAUGUACGUUCCUGGGAAGCUUUCCGAUGUUGCUAAUGUCUUGAUAGAUGUAGGAACAGGUUACUAUGUAGAAAAGUCAGUGAACGAUGCCAGAGAUUUCUUCAAGAGGAAGAUUGAUUUCCUGACGAAACAGAUGGAGAAAAUCCAGCCGGCACUCCAGGAGAAGCACGCAAUGAAGCAAGCUGUAAUAGAGAUGAUGAGCCAUAAGAUUCAGCAACUAACAGCAGCGGGGACCUCACAGGCAGCCGCGACAAAGGCCUAGCAAACACUGGU